UUUUUUUUUUUUUUUUUUGUACAAUCAAGUUUUAGGAGUUUAAGAAGAAUCUAAACACUUAAGAAUCUUUAACAUUCGGUCACUCUAACAGUAGGGUUAAUAAUAAUAGUAAUGAAACAGCACUAUCCAAUCUUUGGCUCUUGCCACGAGCCUGCAGCUAAGGGAGCAUCUUAUUUUGGAGGUCUGGCCCAGCAGUCUGUCCCCUCGGUGGUCCUUCUCUCUUAGCAGACUUUUAUAGCCGGCGGAUGAGGGCGCCUCACUGCCGUUAGACACCCACAUACUUUCUCUCUGCGCGUCCAUUUGAACGGGACUACAUGAUGAGCGCCAAAUAAGACGAAACCUGUCUACAGGAAAAAGUUCGCUCCCGACUCAGUUUUUCGGUGAUGUGAAAACCUCGAGUGGAGGACGUCUUUACAGGACACGGGCCGAAGGGAAAACUGCAGGAUUCGUGCCUGUUGGAGUUCGCGCUGACCAUCAAAUGACCAACUUCUGAAAAGUCGAACUGGGCUGUUCUUGCUGUUUCUCAGCUCGAAACGUCGCAACAACAUCAUGGCUGUCUUGCUCUCCUCCAACCUUUUUCUUAUACUCCUGGUUUCUGCUUUGGAUUGGCUGCCCACUCCUGCAUCUGCAUUUCUCAUUGACUGGGACCGCACAACAUCAUCAGCUACCCUUGGACCUCACUUCACAGACUGCAUCUCAAGGGACCAGGAGACGUUCCGCUGCUGGUGGAGUCCAGGCAGCCUCCAAAACCUGUCCUCUCCUGAAGCACUGAGAGUAUUUUACCUAAAGAAGGAUUCCCCCACCAGUGAAUGGAAGGAAUGUCCCGAAUACAGCCAUAUAAACAGAGAGUGUUUCUUUGAUGCCAACCAUACAUCCGUUUGGAUCCCCUACUGCGUUCAGCUUCGUGGCCAAAACGUCACCUAUUUCAAUGAAGACGACUGCUUCACAGUGGAAAAUAUAGUGCGUCCUGACCCGCCCGUGUCUUUAAACUGGACCCUGCUGAACAUAAGCCCCUCUGGCCUCAAUUACGAUGUCUUAGUCAGCUGGAAGCCCCCGCCCUCUGCAGACGUUGGCGUGGGCUGGAUGCGCAUUGAGUAUGAAAUCCAGUACAGAGAGAGGAACGCCACCAACUGGGAAGCACUGGAGAAGCAGCCGCACAGCCAGCAGACGAUCUACGGCCUGCAAAUAGGAAAAGAAUAUGAAGUGCACAUCCGCUCCAGGAUGCAGGCCUUUGUGAAGUUCGGAGAGUUCAGUGACUCCAUCUUCAUUGAAGUUACAGAAAUUCCGAUUAAAGAUUCUACUGUCCCAUUCACUUUGGUUCUCAUUUUUGGAGUUGUGGGGGUCCUGAUUGUCAUCAUGCUGAUAGUCAUUUCUCAGCAGCAAAGAAUAUUGAUGAUUCUCUUGCCACCUGUUCCGGCGCCCAAAAUCAAAGGCAUUGAUUCAGAAUUGUUGAAGAAGGGGAAACUGGAGGAGUUGAAUUUUAUCCUGAAUGUUGGGGGUGUGGAUGGCCUGCCAGCCUAUGCAACAGAUUUCUACCAAGAAGAGCCAUGGGUGGAGUUCAUUGAGGUGGAUGAGGAGGAUGCAGAAGAUGGAGAUAAGGAAGACAACUAUAAUUCAGACACUCAGAGGCUCCUUGGUCUCCCACACAGGAAUAUGGAGGGUUUCAGCACCAUUAGCCACCCUGACGAUGACUCAGGCCGGGCCAGCUGUUACGACACAGAUCUGCCGGAACAUUUGGCGUCCCUGCUGCCGGGCCAACCUGAGGACAACGAAACCUGCCUGGAUGCCCCAGCUUCAGGGACGGGUGAAAAGCCUCUCAUCCAAACUCAAAUCGGAGGACCACAGACUUGGAUCAACACAGACUUAUAUGCCCAGGUCAGCAAUGUUAUGCCAUCUGGGGGGGUUGUGCUGUCCCCCGGCCAACAACCUAAAAUCCAGGAGAACACCUUGGGCCCAGAGAAGGAAACACAGAAAGGAGGAAAACAAAAUGAAGACGUUGAGGGCAUCAAGGAACAGAAGAGAAACGAGCCCCAGUUUCAGCUGUUUGUAGUGGUUCCAGAGGGAAGCGGCUGCACUGCAGAGAACAACUGCCAGCAGACCAGCACUUCGGUGCCUGGGGCAGGGUACCAAACCAUACAGCCUCAGCCAAUGGAGACCAAACCUGCAGCCACAGGAGACACCAACGAGUCCCCGUAUAUUCUCCCCGAGCCUUCCCAGUCUCAGCUUUUUACCCCUGUUGCAGACUACACAGUGGUGCAGGAGUUGGACACGCAUCGCAGUGUUCUCCUUAACCCGCCUCCCAGCCAAUCUCCCUCUUUGUGCCAGCCACAGCAUCCUCUCAAAGUCCCAAUGCCUGUAGGGUACGUCACCCCAGACCUGCUGGGGAAUCUCGCACCAUGAGUGGGCAGGACCAUCAGACCUUAACUACAGUUACAGGCUUAUUGGACAGGACCUCAAUAUGAAGUCACCCUACCUGAUUCCUGAUAACCACCAAAAAUAACCUAAAAACCUGCAGGACACUGGAUGAAUAAGUGUGAGUUAACCUGAUGAUACAAAGGGGAGAUAUACAGGUACAUCUCAACAAAUUAAAAUCAAAUUGAAAAUGUUUUUUUCAGCAAUUCUAUUUAAGAAGUAAACGUAAAAAAAUGGAAUAGUUUGAUUUGACACAGAAUGAUAUUGAUUAAGCAUUUGUUUCUGUCAGUUUUGAUGAUUAUAUCUUAUAGCUACUGAAAGUCAAAAAUUUGGUUUUCUUGAAAAUGUUAGCAUUCUACAUUUUCAUUAUUUAUUGGCCUGAUGUAAUCAUUUUUUUCCAACCUAAACUUUGGAUUGUCAUUGCCUUUAAUCAUGAAACUUGAGAAACAAAUGCAAUAUAUAUGUCUCUUUGUGUGUAAUAAAUGUACAUAAUAUAUGAGGUACACUUAAAUUGAAUUGCUGAAACAAAUUAAUAAUAUAGUAAUUUAUUGAGAUGCACUAAAAACUGUACUCUUACAUUAGUUCCCACUUAAUCGCAAAAUUUUUGGCCGAAACACACUGAGGGUAAUAACAUCACCAAAACAUCACAAGCAAAAUGCAAAGUUUGCAUCAAUGCAUGAUUGUAGUAAGUGACAAAAUACCUUUAUGUACAGUAUGUGUGAAAAAUUGCCUUAGAUUGCCUUACAGUCUUAAUAUUGAAUGUGAAGUCAGUAUAUCAAUGAGAAGAAGAGAAAGAGGCAGAAGCCAUGUUUUUAACUACACAGUAAUUUGACUUUGACAGUACUUGUCUUUUUGAGGUUUAAUGUUUAUAACAUUUACCAUAUUCCAAAGUUUCCUGUUUCACCAUGUUAUACUGACAGUACUUCACAAGAGAUAUAUUUUUGUACAAAACACGAAACAUUUGAACAAAGCAAUGCAGAUUUGAAUCUCUGUCUUGGUUUCUUUAAGAAGAUAAAGGUUGUAUCUUUUAUAGUCAUUGGUUUUAGCUGCACCAAAUGUCAAGAAUUAAACCAAAGUUAGGGUGACCUCUAAGGGUUCCAUAAGGGUUACUAGGUUCCAAUCAAGAAUGCAGGGAAGUACUUGCAAAAACAAAUGCAGAUCAUUUACAUGAAAGGUACACUAAAAUACUUGACUUAGUAAUUCAAAGAAUAAUUUGAAUAUAUUUUGUUGAACUUGUUACACCGUUGAAGUUACUUUUAACUAAAAAACAUGUAAUUAAACGAUAUGUUCACAUCAACACAGAACUUUAAUGACUAACUAUAGUCAGUAAGGGUUUAAUUACUCAGAUUUUCCUUACAUUUGGGAACCAACUUUUGCCUACGUAGAGUCCCUCUUCACUCUGCACUAGGGCAAUAGCAUAAGAGUAACAUCCCAUUAGUAGAUAGAGCUUGAGAGAACCUCAGCUGAUUUCUCCACGCCCCAAAUGUCCCGUGUAACAGUUGAUUAGAUGUUAAUAAAAAAGUGCACAGUCUUGUACUAUAUAACUAUAUAUAUAUAUAUAUAUAUAUAUAUAUAUAUAUAUAUAUAUAUAUAUAUAUAUGUAUAUGUAUAUAUAUAUAUAUAUAUAUGUAUAUGUAUAUAUAUAUAUAUAUAUAUAUCAGUACUCUGUUCAGAACAGAGUAGCAAAGUGGCUGAAUAGGAGUGUGGUAGCAUGGCACUAGGGUCCAGCUUGACUUCAACCUGAAAUAUUAUUUUGUGGUGACCUAAGAAUAUUCAAACGUUAUUUGAUAUCCUGGUGUUCAAAGGGCAGUCUUCUGCUAAUGGAAGGCAAAAAGUGGUUCAACAUGUGUCACAGAACCAUUAGCAGCCCCAAGUUGCUUGAUGGUACAUUGUUUUGGUUCAUUAAACAAAAGUAGGGGGACAUAAAUGUUAUCAAAUUGUUGCAUUUUAAGCUUUCUGUAGAGGAAUUGUGUUCUACAUUGUCAUUGCAGAGACAGCAACUGGAAUAAGUUGACUGUGAAAGUGUACCAUAGAUGUUACUAGCUUACACAGUACUUAUCUGCCGCAUUCCCUAUGUAACAACCUCUGCCUGUUGUAGUAUUAUGGUUUGUUUCAUUGCUAUGGUACUAUGCUAAUGUGGUUUAGAUUUCUGCAUAUCAGUUAACAAAAGGUACCUCUGUUUGCUGUGUAUAGAUGAAUUGGUUUAUAUCUUCUGUGUGCCAAGAAACAUUUAAAAAUUUACAUAAACAUGCAUGCAUGUGUAUAUUAGCACAGUACAUAAAAGAACAUUCCCUAUUGUAAUAAGAUACUGUCCUUAAUGUUUUCAUUUAAAAAAAAAAAAAGAUUUUCAUUUUUUGUGCUGAAAAUUAUUUGACAUUUUACUACAAAUUUCAAAUUCAAAAUACUUAUCAGAAUAUUUUCAGCUUAGCGUUCAUAAA